AUGCAUGUGACAAGGGUUGUCGGUGUAACAGAGCAUUUCGGUGUUCCAAUUAUCGAUGUGGACAUGGUGAUGGCAUCGUUGGAGAACGCUAUGGCAUCUACCGGCGGAUUCUGCGUCGGUCGUUCCUAUGUUGUUGGCCAUCAACGACUUUCCGGUCUCGGAUACUGCUUUUCUGCAUCGUUGCCACCGUUAUUGGCGACAGCCGCCAGCGAAGGACUGCGAAUUAUCGACGAAGAACCAGAACGAGUGGCUAGAGUUCAGCGACUUGCCACGGCUGUGCAUAGGGGUCUUGAGGCUGCAUUUGUAUUAUUCGACGACGCAUCGAUAAUGAUCACGCGUGCCCGGUAUUUGGAACGAGACGAAAUGUAUCCAAUUACACCUAGCGCUCGCGUGAUGGUCCAAUCGGAAAUGACGGAAGACGAAAUUGAACGUGCAUUAGUAUCGAUUGCUAAUAUAGUAGCUGAUUUGUAG